AUGCCUUCUAAUGAAGGAAAAUUUGAGGUACUUAACAGCUUGAAACAAGAGCUGAAGAAAGAGGAGACGGGCCCAAGUGUAAACACAGAGCUGGUGAAUGUAGUGAAUGCCAUGCUCAAAGAAGGGCUGCCUAAAGAGAAACUUCAGGAAAAGUUGAACAAGUAUCACAGACCAGAGAACUGUGAAUUCUUGACAAAAGUACGAGUCAAUCAACCAGUAUGGGACCACCUUACUCCAACAGUCCGGUCCCAAGAUGUUAGACUGCAAAAGGUGCAGACAUCCAUCUUCAAAGGAAUGUGCACGUUGACAAAUAUGAUCGACAAACUCCUUGAGCACUUGUCGUCACUCCCAGCGGGAAACGACCUUCUUCAAAAGUCAACAGAUGCACUUACAUUGUUCGCUAAUGCAAACAGUGAACUCAAUCAAAGACGAAGGGAAUUUAUUAAACCGGAUUUACACGAGGAAUACAAACAUCUUUGCUCCUCGUCGGUUCCGAUCACUAACCAAUUGUUUGGCAAUGAUCUCCCGAAACAAGUGAAAGAAUUGACCGAGGUCAAUCGAGUGGGAAAGAAAGUCUCCACACACAGUGGUCGAUCAACGAACAAGCCUGAUUAUCACAGGCACAACUCUUACGCACAUAGCCGCGGACGCUCAGGAAACCAACAUUACAGGAAGCCUUUUUUAGGCUCGUGGAAAAACGACCACAAACAUCCUCCGAACUUCAAGAGGAAGAAGGAGGGGAAGUCAAAAUGA